GACAGACACAGAUAGACAAGUGAAGAAGCGCAGUCGUGUCCUCUGCUUUCACUGAAGCAGUGGUCCUGUUCGAAGCUGCCGUGCAGAUUGCGGGCAGUAGCCACUCUUGCAGUCGUUCUGCGUUUUCUUUUUUUCACCGAGUGGAAGGCGAUUGGACGCCGCGAUACCCUUUUUGUCAAAGCUGCUACAUGAUACUAGGCUUCAGUGUCGUCCCAGGAUGGGCGCUAGGCUGAGCAGACGGAGUAGCUUGGAAGACGAGACAGAAUUUUCCAGGCGGAGGCGGCGGCGACAACAGAGCCCCCGGGGUGCGAGUAUGAGAGGCGGUGGUGAUUUCUUUUUUACGUCGCUGAUCCUGCGUUCCGAAAAGCUUCCGGGAAUCCUAAAGAAAAGCAGCCCGACACCCUAUAUGAGACGAGUGUCAUGGAUCCGGGAGAUCCAGGGGCUUUUAAGAGAGAGCAAGGCAGAGGAGGCGCUCGGCGUCCUCAAACUACUACGAAAGGAUUUGGGUCUAGAAGGCAGUUCUCUAAGUGAUGUUCUCUAUAAGAACACAGCAUUCCUAAACCUAGUGGAUCCCAUCUCUCAUGAGCUCCUGCUAGGUCUGGCACGGGACAUUCAGUGCCCAAAAAAGGAGAUUGACCCACUGCGGUCCUCUGAUAAGAUAUGCAGACAGCUGAUUUACCACCUAAGCCCACAUUCCAAAUGGCUGCGACAGAGCAUGCCACGAAGGAAAUCGCAGGCGUGCCUGAAAACAACUUUGCAAAAGAAAAUGGCCAGUGAUGCAAUCGAUUUGUCUGGGAUCCCCUUAUCCAUCCGGGAUGUUCACCGUAUAGGCUAUUAUGUGCAGAACAAUCGGGAUGGGAUUACUGUGGUUGACUUGAGCUUCACCGAACUGCAUGAUGACCACCUGCGUUUGCUCCUGCCUUUCUUUAGUUCCUUACCCAAACUGACUAACCUAGCUUUAAAUGGAAACUGGUUGACCUUGGCCAUUGUCAAAGAAUUGACCGAAGCCCUCAAAGAUGCAGGCAAGUUCCCUUGUUUGUCCUGGAUUGACCUGGGAAAUAACGUGGACAUCUUCACAAUGCCCCAACCCCUCCUGGUGGCAUUACGCAAGCGGUGCAGCUUGAAGAGCAGCCUACCCACCAUUUAUGAGUAUACAGAGGGACAGCCGUACGAUUACAAUCUGGAGACAUCUCUGGAGGAAUCCAGCCAGUUCGAGGAUGAUGAAGUCUUCAACAAUGAUGAAGAGGUUUCACACAUCUGGGUGACAUCGGAUAGAUGCAUGUCUCCUAGCCUUACGCUGCAGUGCUGUGAGAGGUGAUAGCUCUGCCAAGCCCUUGGUUUUGAACACUUAAAAAGUGUUCUCCUAUUUUUUUGACACAUGUAUCGGCACCUCUGAGUUAAGGCCAUACAUUUGAAAGCUUGUCCCAACACAGCACCCAUAAUUCAUGUCCUGAUUUAAUCCAGAGUAGCCAGUUACUUACCGUGCACCUGGAAACGAGACAACAUUUUACUGGCAGCCGAGAGGUUUUCAGAAUGAUGUCUUUCUUGCAUGGCAGCUGAAGAUUUCUAGUUAAGUAUGAGGACCGUUGGUUUGCUAUUAUUAUUUUUUCUUGUUUUAAAGGGCUUAUUCGCAGACCAUUUUGCAGAGAAGAGUAAAGUGUGCAAAUUUAGCUGUUAUGCCAAACUGACUGAACCACAUUUCUGCCCAGAAGCCUGUCAUAUGGGCCAUCCGCUCUGACUUUGUGUGUGUGUGUUUGUGCUAAACCUGCCAGCAAAAUCAGCAUCAGCAACAGAGCUGGCCGUCUUCAUAGCAGUCAGUGACGUCACUCGCACUUUGUAACCCUCGACCUGUCAUUACUAGUGUUCACUAGUGGAGAUCGUGUUUGAAUACAUACGUGAUGUUGUUUAUUGUAUGGAACACUGUGCAAAAAAAAAAUAUCUCGAGUCUUUCCUGCAAUUUAGAAUCGGACGUCUUGGAGGCUGGAGGAAACAGGGUGGGGGUUUGGGGGGGUUCUUCUUAUUAUUUUUUAAUCCAAUAAUUGUGUGCCAUUUGCACAUGAAACUGUGAAAAGCUCCUGGACCAGGUGAUAAAGUGAUAAAGCCUCCUUACUGCCAUGCAUUGCAUUUGAUAUUCUGUUUUCAAGGAAAUUGUUGAUAAUGCCAAAGGUGACUGAGAUGUUUCCAAAAUUACAUCAACAAGCUGUUACAAUCCCAAAGGAUUUUUUAAGACUGACUUGGUUUUUUUUCUUUGGUACUGUAGUUUGUGUUUCGUGCAUUUAAUGGAGGACCCUUGCUUCCUGAUGAAACUUCUCUUUAGAGCUUUUCCUCAGAAUGGAGGUGCUUUUUAAGUUGUUGGUGCCACACUGAGGGCAGCGUGCAGUCUGAAGGUUUCUCGAGUAGUAAUGACUACAGGCCCAGUUCUGCCGGUCGUGCAAAGGGUGCAGGCACGAAGGAGGCCAGGCCCGUCCUCAACAAAACGCAGGCUCGGCGCAGGACUUGUCUUUUCCCGUCGAAUGUCGGUAACUUGCUUCAAUGAAAAACGGGCAAAUCACAACACGUGAAUUGUGGCAGCUCAAGUACACAGCGCAUCAAUCAAAAGGUUUUGUAGUGUUCAGUGUUUUUUUCUACAAUCUGUUAUUGUUAAAAGCGCAAGUUUAAAUAAUUUUGGAAGUUCAAUUCGUUAGUUUUCUUCUACCUACGAAGACAUUUUCUUGAAUUGUUUUUUUUUUUUUUUUACAUUAAGGAAAUAACGAAAAUUUUUAAUUUUAAAUACACUGGUUUAGAAAACAAGUGAAGGUACUAUAGGGUGAGGGGGUGGCUGAAAUUAAAUGGCAUGAUGGCAGCUUCAUGUCUAGAACCGGACCUGCUUUGGAGCAAAUUAGAUUUUCUUAUUUUUUUUUUUUUUGGCACUAGGAUUGUGAUGAGCAUUGGCCUUUUGAGAUGAUGACAGUAUCUGCGUGAGGCCACCUUUCAGUUUGUUGUUAAAAGAAUGGUGAGGGUGACUUUCAUGAAAUCUCGGCAAGUUGCCAAUGGUCUGUCUGGCACGUACUGAAAAGGGGUCCCCGCGGCCUGCCUCGUAAGAUGCUGCAUUAUGCAUACCAUGGAUUUACAGGGAAAAGGCCGGAACUGGAUUCAUAACUGCAACAGAAAUGAAAACCAAGAUGAGCCCGGGAUGCCACGUCUGAUACACACGUCUUUGUUUGGUGUGUGUUUGCCUGGCCUCCAUCUAGUAAAAAGCAAAGCCUUUUGUGGUAACACAUGCAAGUUUAAUCUAUGCAUAGAAUGUUUGAGGUGCGUCAUGGCAGUGUGCUGUUGAUUGGCAGGGCUUCUGAUAGUUUGUAUUUGAUGUCCUUCUAAGAGGUGUAAGCGGUUUUGCUGGUGUGCCAGAAGUGCCACCAGAUGACCGAGAGAUUAAAAGAGAAGACAAAAAGUCCAUCUCUAAUAUUGAAUGUAUUUUUGGUUAGGACAUGACCUUUUUUUUUUUUUUUUCCCUGCCUACAGUAAGUUUUUCUUAAGCUGUGUAUUUGGUGGGCACCUGGUGUUGUACCCACUUUAAGUGACUUUUUAUGUAGGUUACCUGUCUUGGCCAUUUUCUUGGGUUACUCUACAUUGUGAUUUGCACUGAGAAGAGUGAUGGAAAUCCCUGGGAAUGUCCACCAAACUCACUGAAGGGAAUUUGUGUGGAUGAUGAAUGAAUGUAUAGGGGGGUUUGGGGAUUGGGCGGGGUCGGGUAUAUAAAGAAGUGACACUUGCAAUGCUUUGACUGUUAUUAGUACUAUCUGUCCAAGCAGAUAAGUCAACACUAGGCUUCCUGAAUGAAUCUCUGAAUGUCUGAGUGUUAAUGGCUACUUGGUUGUGUCUUUGUUGUGCAGGGUGAGAGGUGGAUAACGGCGAUUUGAAAUGAAGACUUCCGUACUGCUGGCUUUGCUGUAUAAACAAAAGUGAAUGGCUGCGUGACCUGAUGGUGACUGUGGAGGAGCACUUAGCUUUCCCUGCACGCUGUUCGUGUACGUCUUGACGCUGUCUGCUAGUGUUGAUUUGAGGACACAGUCAGUAUAAUCCAUCUGAUUGUACUGAUAUUUAUUCAUCUCCCUGUUUUUUUUUUUGUUUUUUUUCCCAUUCCCAUUUUGGUGCCUGCCCAGGUUGGGUUCUCCCACACACCUUCAUAAAUGUUCUUUUUUCGUCUUGAUCACUGGCGUGCUGGAACCUUGAGUCCGAUUUAGAAAUGGUGUCAUUCACCCUGUUAACAACUGGAUGUCUCUUCCAUUACCCAUUCAUUGCUGUUGGCUUAUUUUUUGCUUGAUGGACGGUUUCCUCUGACUGGUUUUGUUUCCGUUUUCUGUUCCAUCCUGACUGAAGGUACACGUCAACUUCUCUCACAUUUGGACACUAACAUAACCACUCCAUAAAAUCUGUGCCUACCAGAGCCUGUUCAGCACAUCUUGUCAUUUUGUCCUGGAGAGUUGACUUUUGUUGUUUUUCUUUUUCUGGAAGACUUUUUCCAGAUUUCUACGGAUUAAAACUCCACGAAUCCUUAAUAUUGGUGUGCAGCAAAUUAUUUUGUGUCUGUGCUUCACUGCCAUGUUUUACAACUGUUAGACACUGCUGUGCAUCAAGAAAUGAAACGCCACUGCCAAUAACCGCUGACUCCUUGUGACCACUUCAGUCCAGUCCAAAAACAAGCAGGCACCUUAGUGGCCUUGAGUGACUGACUCGAGUAACCGAUCAUCUUGUGACCCCUUAGUCCUGAGCGGGUUACAAACCGAUUAUUUCUUAGCACAUUGACACUAAGCUCGUCUAUUUUUCCCCAACUAGCAAUGUCAUUCAGGAUGAGAUUCAAGUGAUCAGACCUGGCAGUGCACGUGUGUUCAUCUCGCAGUCGACCUCCUAAGCAAUGUGAUUUGGUUGAUGUGCAGCUCAACUGUACGUAGUCCUAGUGUGCUGCUAUGCUGCAAAUAUUCACCAAGAUGUACUGUGCGUCUCCUGUUGUCUGUGUGUCACACCAUUGCGCCUCACCCAAAAAUCACAUCACCAUAAAGAUGUUUGUACAUUUAUAUGCUGUAUCUUCAAAUCAUCCCAGUAGUGGGAACGUGAUCACCUACUUCUAGGACUAGAUAGUCGCCAUGUCUAAAAGGGUGAAUGUAACUGGGGUACUUUAUUCUGAGACUUUUCUAUGUAUAUUUGAAGCUUUCCCUCUUUUGUGUCUGCUGAAAUUGUACAUUCUUUUAUGUAAAUACACUUAUUGUGUUUCUACUGUGUUCAAUAAACCGAUCAAACCUC